AUGAAAAGUGCUACAUUCUUAAAGAAACUAGUUGUUGUUAUGACUAUGAUCUCCCAUUGUACACCGUUGAAGAGGACGAAAUCCAUAGAACAUAUGACUACAACUUCAUGGUCUCGUCAAUUAAAGAAUCUUAAAAAUAUGGGAACAUUUCCACAUGGAAAUAUUAUUGUAAACACACCAAACCUUCAUGAAGUAGAAUGGCUGCUUAAUAUGCACACACCUGGAGACUUUAAUUUGACUUUAUAUUAUCUUAUAAAUUCUGAGAAAUUCAAGAUGAAGUUGGGAAAAUUAGAAACAGUUAGAGAUAUUGAUGAAGAGCUUGUUGGCUACAUCAAAAGAGAUUUAGAGCUACAGAUCACAAACAAUCACAAGCUAUUGAAUUUCAUCCCAUCAAUCAUGAUGCACAUACUCUCGCACACAGAAUCUCUCAACUUGAUAGACUGUGGGUGCUUAGAAGAGAUAUUUGAAUCAAAUGACGAUGGAUGUUUCCGUAGCCACGAGCCUUCGCAAUUGACUUCGAUUGAUGUGUCUAAAUGUGAUGAGAUAGAGGCCAUCAUCGGGAAUAAUUGUAAUCCUCUAAAUUAUGCACAACAACAACAGAAGGCUAAGAAGAUGAUAUUCCCAUUGUUAUCCAGAAUUGAACUAAAGAAGCUUUCGAGCCUCAAAUAUUUCUGCCGAAGCUCUUACCCUUCCUAUGUUGAGCUUCCAAAAUGGCAAUACUCCACCAUUCAAAACUGCCCAGAGAAGAAGACCUUUUGGUAUGGUGGAAUAUUAUACACACCAACUCUUAUUACAAUUACAAUGGAUAAUGCCGAAUGUCCCAAGGUUGAAGAUGUGAAUGAGGUUAUAGAAGAAUACAGUAAAUUACAAUGA